AUGUUCGGAGAUGAUUAUAAGGAUUUUAUUGUGGAUGAAGAGUCGGCUAUCUUAGAUGGCUUUGAACGAUAUGGCCUGCCACUCGAUCACUAUCAACUCAAUAAGUUUUCCGAUCCUAAGGAUGGAAAUUGGAGAGAACUUUCUGAUGUCAUCACCAAUCUUUGUGAUAAUGCACAACAAGAACUAGCUAAUCGCAAGAGUGGGAAUGGGAAUAGAAAUGGAUAUGAAAAUAACAGUCGUGAUGAAGGAGCUAGCUUUUCAGGCCAUUUUUCUACUAAUGGUGGGAAGCAAUUUAUUGGGGCUUCUACCAUAGAUGUUAGGGUCCUUCCAUGGGAUUUCAAGCAGAAUGAAGCAGAGGAACUCUUCCGAUUUGUUACAAAGCAGAGAUCCUUACUAUCUUUGGCUUUGAGGAAUAACUAUGUUGCACCUCCGACGGAUAUCCACGAUAACACACUCCCUAUUCGAGAUGAUAUCGAGAAUACAAACCUUUAUAAACGAUAUUACACAAAUCAUGAUUCAACUUUCAACUCGCAGUAUCAAGAUGAUAACUCCCGAUAUCUACCUGAAACACAGUCUAAACGACAGAGAAUUAAUCGACAAGGAAAUUUUACAAACGCAGGCGGAUCACAAUUCAUUGCAUCAACCCUCAAUUCUGGGGGGGGGCCUAUUAAUAUCAAUACUCACACCCCAGAAAACCGCUGCCUAAUCGACCUACGAACCACUGAUCCACGAUUGGACAAGAGACGUAUCGAAGAGACUAAAGGAGGACUACUCGAUAAUGUAUAUAAUUGGAUUUUCGAUAAUAGUGAUUUUCAACAAUGGCUCUCCAACCAAGAUAAUCGUCUACUUUGGAUCAAAGGAGAUCCUGGCAAGGGCAAGACCAUGUUGCUCUGUGCACUCUCUGAGAUUUUGAAGGAUAUCUUGCAUGAUAAGAAUUUGAAGCCGACGAUCUUGAUUAUUGAUGCACUUGACGAAUGCCAAAAAGACCUGCCACAAUUACUUCGCCUAAUUGUUUCGGGCUUAUCCAUUUAUUCUCGUGUUAAGUGGCUUAUCUCUAGUCGGAACUGGCCCGAAAUCGAAGAGCAGUUACAACAUGCCGAGCAGGGAACCCGGCUCAGUCUUGAGUUGAAUGCGGAAUCAGUAUCUGCUGCUGUCAGGUGGUAUAUCCGAGAGAAGGUGAAAUAUCUUGCGAGAACAAAAAAAUACACAAAGGAGACAAAGGAUACUAUCGAACGUUAUUUCCUAGAACAUGCAAAUGGAACUUUUCUUUGGGUGGCUUUAGUUUGUCAAAAUCUUGAAAAAGCUCGAUUAUUCACGAAUUCAAAGCUACAAGAUUACCCUUCCGAACUUGACCCUUUAUAUAAUCGUAUGAUGAAACAGAUAGUAGAUAUGGAAGAUAUCGAUGCGGCUCAGAUAUGCCUUCAGAUCCUGGCUAUUGUAGUAAUAGCAUAUCGGCCUCUUACGCUUGACGAACUAAUGUCCCUGAUGGAGAUGAAUAAUGAGAUUCCGCUAGAGGAAAUAAUACAACUUUGUGGUUCCUUUUUGGUUUCUCGUAACAGGAGUGUAUUCUUUGUUCAUCAAUCAGCACAGGAUUUCCUUUCUAAAAAGGUUGCUAAAACAAUAUUUCCAGAUGGAAUUGGGAAAGUUCAUAACAAAGUACUUCUAAAUUCGAUAACAGUUAUGAGCAAAACUCUAAAACGCGAUGUAUACGGUUUGGGGUAUCCCGGCUUUCCUAUUGAUAAAGUCAAACAACCCGAUCCCGAUGUAUUAGUUUCUAUACGGUAUUCCUGUAUUUACUGGAUUAACCAUUUAAGAGAUGGAGAUCCUGAACAAAACAGAGAACACAUUCAAGAUAACGGCAAUAUUUAUGAAUUCCUCAAAAAUCAUUUGCUACAUUGGCUGGAGGUUAUGAGCUUGAUGGAGAAAACUUCAGAGAGCAUCAACGCAAUAAGUUCUUUAGAGUCUUAUAUUCCAGGUUCUGAACUCUAUACUUUCAUACAUGAUGCCAAGCGCUUCGUCCUUUAUAACCGAGUAGGAAUUGAACAAGCUCCUCUUCAAAUCUAUUGCUCAGCCCUUUUCUUUGCUCCAGAGAAUAGUAUUAUUCGAAAAACAUUUCAAAAAUGUAUCCCGAGUUGGAUUUAUAAAAUAUCAAGGACACGAUCAAAUUGGAGUGCCGCCCUCCAAACGCUCGAGGGUCAUUCGAAUUCGGUUUACUCAGUUGCCUUUUCACCAGAUGGCACAAAAGUAGCUUCCAGCUCUUAUGAUCAGACGAUCCGGCUCUGGGAUACGACCACAGGCGAAUCGCUUCAAACGCUCGAGGGUCAUUCGAAUUCGGUUACUUCAGUUGCCUUCUCACCAGAUGGUACAAAAGUAGCUUCUGGCUCACACGAUAAAACAAUCCGGCUCUGGGAUACAAUCACAGGCGAAUCGCUUCAAACGCUCGAGGGUCAUUCGAAUUGGGUUAGCUCAGUUGCCUUCUCACCAGAUGGUACAAAAGUAGCUUCUGGCUCACACGAUAAAACAAUCCGGCUCUGGGAUACGACCACGGGCGAAUCGCUUCAAACGCUCGAGGGUCAUUCGAAUUGGGUUAGCUCAGUUGCCUUCUCACCAGAUGGCACAAAAGUAGCUUCCGGCUCUAUCGAUCAGACGAUCCGGCUCUGGGAUACGACCACGGGCGAAUCGCUUCAAACGCUCGAGGGUCAUUCGAAUUGGGUUAGCUCAGUUGCCUUCUCACCAGAUGGCACAAAAGUAGCUUCCGGCUCUAUCGAUCAGACGAUCCGGCUCUGGGAUACGACCACGGGCGAAUCGCUUCAAACGCUCGAGGGUCAUUCGAAUUGGGUUAGCUCAGUUGCCUUCUCACCAGAUGGUACAAAAGUAGCUUCUGGCUCUUAUGAUCAGACAAUCCGGCUCUGGGAUACAAUCACAGGCGAAUCGCUUCAAACGCUCGAGGGUCAUUCGCGUUCGGUUGGCUCAGUUGCCUUCUCACCAGAUGGUACAAAAGUAGCUUCCGGCUCACGCGAUGAAACAAUCCGGCUCUGGGAUACAAUCACAGGCGAAUCGCUUCAAUCUCUCAAAAAUCAUUCGGGUUUAGAGGCAUCCUCAGCCUUUGAACGGUACUUUAUAUCAAAUCAUUGGAUAGCUGAAAGAUCAGAUGAAGAAGUGCGAAAUAUUUUUUGGUUACCUCCAGACUAUCGACCAACUAGUACAUAUUUUUGUAACGGAGUUAUAGUCAUGGCAUUUUCCACCGGUGGCAUUUUUCUUCUGAAAUUUGAUAUCUAUUUGCCACCUUGA